AUGUCGAGCGACGGUGGCAAGGGAGAUGUUCCUGCUCAGAACAAGGAUAAGGGAGAUGCCAAUUCUGCUGACAAUCAUGGUACUGAUGGUCACGAGUGCAGCGUAUGUCAUAACGAGGAACCCUUCGAUAAGGUCAGUAAUGAUGGUAUGAGGAUCACCAGAUUUGGUAAUGCUCCUGAUAAUGAGCACGGUCCGAGCUGGCUCAAUGAAGACGGCACUGUGGAUCCUAUUGAGUUUGCUUUGUCCGAGGUCGGAUAUCUCGAUUUCGAAGACGAUAACUUCCAAGAUGAUUUUGCCCAGUCUUGUGCCAUGUAUGGUUUCAAGCCGUGGGAGAUGUGGUAA